AUGGUGACUCCAAAAGUUAACAUGAAGGGAUUCUUCAAGCAGAAGAAGAAGGGUAAUUUUGGCAUUUCAAAGCCUUCUUCCAAGAAGAAAACUACUCCUAACUCUUCUUCUCUUGGAUAUGACGUCGCUCAAUCUCCUUCUCUUCAUCUUCAAGAUGAUUAUGAUUCCAAUGAGAAGGUUUUGAGGCAGUUUGACAUGAACAUGGCGUAUAGACCUUACAUUGAUUUGGCUAGGCUUGAUCGAUGGAAUGAGGCUAAUAAAUUGGGGUUGAACCCUCCCAAAGAGGUUGAGACUCUUUUGAAAUUAGAUAAGGUUUGCUUUGAGUCCUUGUGGGUGGGCCGAGUUUAG